AUGAGAGAGGGGCAGCACAAGAAGAACCUCACUGACAGUGAGUGCAACAACAUGGUCCAGCAUCUAAUGACCCGCUGCACCGGUGUUGGGAAGCUCCGCACUGGCGCCGCCAAGGAGAUUGCAAAACUGUUCGACUGCACACCAACAACUGUCCGCCGCAUCUGGCGCCGCGCAGCUGUGGACAUGACCCAUGCUCUUGGACUCCCAACAUCGACCCUGCACCGGUACUUCAAGCGUGGAGUCCUUGCCAAGUACUCAAGUUCUCUAAAGCCAGUCCUCACCGACUCGAACAAGGUUUGUCGCCUCAACUGGGCCAUCCAGAAGGUCAUGGACGUGGACGGCGAGAAGUACUUUGACCCAAUGUACGACACUGUCCACGUGGAUGAAAAAUAG